CAAAACUCCCACGCUGCGGCACCUAGCCAUGGGCCACCGUCUCUCUCCCGAUCGGCGAUGCAUCAACCUGAAUUGAGGUACCCUCAGGACCCGUCUUGAAACACGGCCCAAGAAGUCUAUCUUGCGCGCGAGCCAAUGGGCAGAUCGAGCUCUCGAAACCCAAAGGCGCAGAAAACACGAACGAAACCGGCGGGAUUACGGGUGUACUGCGGCGGUCCUUCGCGGGAUCCGUUCAUGAUCGCCCCUCCAUCCCCGGGUGUCGCACCAACAGAGACCCUCUGCUUGCCGGGGGAUCCUCUGGCGACAUACUGUGAGCGUGCAGGAUGUGACCCGAAUGAUGGUGAACUAUGCCUGAUCAGGUUGAAGUCAGGGGAAACCCUGAUGGAGGACCGAAGCACUAUUUUAUUACUAGCGUUUCGAAACGAAAACAACCGCAUCGCGCGAAAUCGCCGCAAAAAGUGGGAAAUACUUAACAUUUAGGACUACUUUUCUCGCGAUAAGAACAAAUUCGAUCCUUUCCUUGUUCUCGCUCAAAAAGAAAGCCAGAAAAGUAACGCAACACAAAAAAAAUCCAAAGCGCUGUGAAUCAUCCAUCUCGCAAUCAUCUGUAAAGGCACAAACGAAAAUGCUUAAUAUUAUCACCGAAACGUAGGAAAAGGAAAUCAUGGAAAAGUACGCCAUUAGUAAUCUUAUAGGAGAAGGCUCGUUUGGAAAAGUGUAUAAAGCAGUUGACAAAUCGACGAAGGUCACCGUUGCUGUAAAAAUCAUCAAUAAGCGAGGUCGAUCCGGACGAGAGAUUCGAGGAUUACGCGGAGAAUGUGAAAUUCAAAGGAGCCUGUUGCACCCACACAUCAUUCGGAUGCUUGAUUCUUACGAGACACCCAACGAAAUAGUUGUGGUGACGGAGUACGCGAAAAUGGAUCUUCACAGCUUGCUUCGUGGCGGAUCGCUAGGCGAGCCGAAAACACAGAGAAUCACUUUCGAUCUAGUCUCGGCCAUGUAUUAUCUUCAUUCGCAUCGGAUUUUACAUCGCGACUUGAAGCCCCAAAACAUUCUUCUUGAUCGUAAUAUGUGCGCCAAGCUGUGCGACUUUGGAUUCGCGCGAAAUAUGACGAUAGGGACUCAUGUGCUCACAUCUAUUAAAGGAACUCCUUUGUACAUGGCCCCAGAGUUGCUAGAAGCAAAGCCAUACGACCAUCACGCAGACUUGUGGUCACUGGGGUGUAUCAUAUACGAAAUGCUAGCGGGUGAGCCACCAUUUAGCUCGACUUCUAUGAUCCAUCUUGUGAGGUUAAUUCGAACUCAACAUAUAAAAUGGCCGAGUUUUUUGACCAGUAAUUGUGUUUCUUUCGUGCAAGGCUUACUGGAACGAGAUCCCACCCAACGUAUGAGUUGGACCGCAAUUCUGAUGCAUGCGUUCGUAAAAGGACAUAUAUUUAUUAUUGGGGAACUAACCCCCUUUAAUACACACCCUUUAACGGUCUCCCAAACGCAGAUGAAAAAUGACGAAAAGAGACGGAAUAGAGCAGCUUAUGAGGAAUUGUCGACGUCACGAGAUAGUAUCAAUGUAAUUUUACAAAGUGACGUGGAAUAUCAAGAGACAGACUGCGAGGAUUCGGUCGUCCAUAUUCUUGCUGAACAAUCUUCCAUCAAUACUACUUCGCCUGCCCAUGACUUUUCUUCAGGAGGGCCUAUCGCAAGGAGUUGUGCUUUUCAGAGAAGAGCAGACCAGGAAGAUUCAUUAGUCCCAAUAUCAACCAAUUCCAAUUUAUUAGUGAAUCGGUUUAACGACAAUUUUCCUCUUACAACAUUACCUCAGCCUUUGGCGAUGGAUGGAAUUCAAAUGAAGGCUUGUUCUGCUGUAAGUGCUGGUGGCAAGGACUGUUUAUUACACAUAGAUCAGCCAUCUCAAGAGCUAGAGCGACGGAAGUUGAAUCAAAGCAUUGAUAACUUUUCAAUUCGGAUUGAGUCAGAAAAACAGUCUCGAGCUCAAAUGCUUGCGCUAAGUCUGAGUAAAGGUAGUACUGCUGACCACGGGAAAAUCGCAGACAAAAGUACGCCUUGCCUUCUUCCAGGAUGGGAUUCUUGUGACGAUUCUCAGAACCCUCCUAUCGAGAAUGAAGAAUGGCUAGUAUUUUUACAACGAUCCAUGCAAGAAAUUUUGGAUGGUGAAUUGGAUUCAUUACGGCAGCGCAAUUUUGUUUGCAUUAUUGUGGCACCUUUACGAAACUGUAAGGCGAGUGCAAAAGUCAUAGAGCACGUAGCGCAUUUACUCAGUCUACCGUUAGCGAUCGACAUACCACCAACAUUACAGCGCAAUAUAACCAAUGUGUACGGUGAGCUAAAGUUGGUCCCAAAUUUAGUAUAUGCUUCCAAGUUGCUUUGUAAUAGGACUAAAACCAGUUCCGAUUUAAUAGUCGGGACCCAGUAUUCGAUGCAUCAGUCAACUAACUCUUUUCGCCAACUUGCGGCAUUAGACAAUGAUGAGGUUAAAACCUUAACGGCAGUAUAUGAUUUAAUAAGUUACCUCACGCACAUCGACGACGUAUUUUUGAAUCAGUUCUGCGAUGCGAUUGAAAUCCUUGGGGCUAAGGAACUUUUCAUCAGUUUCUUCACGAUCGUUCACAAAAAUAACCACUACACUCGCCUUGUUUGUUCUAUACUUGCAUUACUUAACUGUGCCUUACGUGAACUUCCCGAGAAUGCCGAGAUUAUCGAACAAAUUAUAUUUGACGAAAAUGUCAAUAUAAUUGCUUUAUUGCAGUAUAGCGACUCGAUACUAAGGCUUCGAACGUGUAUGAUGCUUCGUGUGCUUGCCAGGUUUAGUUGUCUAGCACUGCAGAAACGAUGGACUAAUGCACUUAAAGAAACCCUUGAAACAUUAUGUGCAGACGACAAUAUAGCAGUAAAAAUGGAAGCAACAUUUGCCAUAGAGGAAUUCAAAUACCUUUCGUUAACUGUUGCUGAUACUCUAUAAAUUUGCGCAACUGUUCUGGUCCGGUGGGAUGCGAUGCGUUCAAAUUGCAAUACAAUACAACGAGCAGCAAUAUUCCAAUUUUCACUUAUCAUCAGUUACAACUAUAUUACUGGGUAAUACACGAAUUCAGUAGCUGUGAAAGUGAAGCUUCUCAAAAAAGCCCAAUUACGGACCUCAGUAGAAUCGAUUAUGUAAUUCGUAAAUUGAACCGAACGUAAUCUUCUCUACCUCGGAUUUUUUAACUACCGAAUUAACUAUUAGGUACUUUAGCAGAUGGGUAUUAUUAUUGAAUUCAUAAUAAAAAAAAUUGGCGUGUAACAUUUAGCAAAGAAAGGUACUAAGUAACUUAUGCUUUCCAUCUCAAUCCCCAUUUAUAAUGUGUAUCUAUAAGUAUCCAUACACUACAUUAUUAAACUGGGAUUAUUUUUAAGCGAAUAAAAACCUACAGAUGUCAUGUACCAGGUUUAAGCUUUUACAACUGCUGAAAAAAUACGGCGUAGAUGUUAUAUUUAUCAGCAUGGACAAUUGGAAAAUAUAAAGUUAGAUAACAUUUUGAAAGGUUCGAUGCAAGUUUUGUCUAUAGGAAUAGAGUUUUGAUAUAAUGAAAACAUAUGUGGAUAAAGAUUUGUUUAUGUAAAUUGGUCAUAAAAAUUAAUGUUUUAAGAAAUACAAAAGCUUUGUUAAAUCAUUUUUUUCAUCAAUGUACGUUAUUUUGGAUAGAGGUGCGAGUGGAUAAAGGGUGCUGGCUCAUUUACACGGUAAAUGAGUCAGUUGUUUUGGUUAUGUGUCUAAAAUCCUGAUAUCUUUCUUUUUUACCAAUGGGACAUUAAUCCAACCAUUUAUUACAGCUUGUCAAAAAUCUUGCAUAUUUAAAUACCUUACGUUGGAUCGGCCAAAACAAAUCAGGGGUGGUAGUGAAACAUAUGCCCGAUUCUGGAAACAAAAGUGUUACUAACAGGUUACAAAAAUGUUUGGCUCUCUGCGUGGCUCUCUGCAUUACUGAAUUAUAGGAAAAGACAGCACUACAGCUACAAAACGAUACGUUCGUUUUGUAUAUCCUGUCAUGGCUGUUAAAUGUCCUAUUUUAGACGCCCGUUUCUAAUAGUAUCAGGCUUUAGACAAUGCGACUGAAUUUUUGAAUUAAUUUAUUUCGAGUUAUAAAUAACUUCAUUAGUGAAUAAAGCAAGAUUUUUAAAUUUAA